AUGAGUGCAGAGCGAAGAAGAAAAGAUAUAAAACUCUUAUCGCAAUUUCUUUUCGUGUCUUGCAUUUACGUUUUAAACGCACACGGGAUCGGGGAAAAGUUUAUACAACUACGAUUUGUUUUUCAAGAUUCUCUCUACCUCAAUAUAACACCACUAGAAACUCUUCUUGUCGACGACAAGUUCGACUGUAGCUUUGCUUGUGUUCAUAAGAAACUCUGUAUUUCCUUCAACUUGGCAGAGACGUCUGCAGAAAAACUUUGGUGCGAGCUUCUGCCAUCUAGCAUCUAUAACAACACAGGGGAAAUCGUUUUAAAUUUUAAAUUUGACCAUUACAGCAUACAGGUUAGUAGCAAACCUACAAUAAUUGAUGUAGCCUAAUAUAUAAUUGCGCAUUUUUUACAACUUACGGUGAACCACAGACGAGAAUGAAAGUUAUCUAUCUAGAAGUGAAGAUAUAAAAGAGCAAAACAAUUAAAAAGCGGGUGUUAUUUUUUUUACUUCAUUUUUCGGCGUGAUUCAGCCACUUAACAUAUAAUGUUUUUAGGUUUAUGUCUGGUUGUUCGAUUUCUAUAUUUUUUUGUUUCUUCAAAUGUUAACCGACAUUUUUUUGUAAUCCCGAAGAGCUUUCUAAAUACUGUUAGUAACUAACUGUUUUAUUUAUUACUUCCAGCAAAAAUGCACUUGACUGGUAGAACAAACUAUACCAAGAAAAUGACGCUUGAGAACUUCGAUAAAAGCUACUAACAGUCUGGCCCGGGUUGCUCGAAGCAUGGUUUGUGCUAACCAGCGUUAAAUACCAUGGAAACCUAUACAUUUUGAUACCUCUUAACCAACGGUUAGCGCUAACCAGGCUUCGAGCAACCGGCCCCAGGUUGUUGGUUGUAUUAACAGGCUCUCGGAGUAAAAUGGCAGCAUUGAUAAUGAGGAAGUGCAGAUCGUUUGUUUCCAUUAUAAUCGUAAUCAUUGUGUUUUAAUGUCAUGAUUUUUUUUCCUGCAGAAUCCUUGUACUAAUGUUCCUUGUUUGAACAAUGGGAUGUGCUCCCUGAUUUCGUUCAGAGAUGGAACGUAUAGCUGCACUUGUCUUCCUGGAUAUUUUGGCGAUGAGUGUGAAAUCUGCAAGUUAACGUAAAAUUACUUCAAGUUAACAAAAGCACCUUUUCGAGAUAUGAACAAGCUAUUAAGAUUUAGUAAAAUCCAACUAGUGGUUUAUUAUCAAUGCUGCGUUCUGAUUGGUUGAGCUACUACUAGGCAUAUGUUACAGCCCACUAUAUCUAGUGGCGAAAAGCGCGAUCUUUUUGGCGGCAAAAAAAGAUUAAAGUCUAGCUUUAACUAGCUAAAAGUUUUUUAUUCUCGAUAUUUUUGACCAACUAGUUGGAUUUUACUAAGACAAUUAUUCCUCUCGCCCUCAUGGCCUCUAAGUCAAUAGCCCUUUCGGCCUUCGGCCUCAUGGGCUAUUGACUCAGAGCCCAUUCGGGCUCGAGGAAUAAUUGUUAAAUAGUUACAACAACAACAACUAACAACCAGCUCAAAUCGUUAGAUACCCAAGCUUCUAGUUAGAGCUGUUCACCUCGGCUUUGUAUUGUAUGUGAAUACAAAAUAGCGGAACUCUUUUACUUUUUUUUGUUAAUUCAGAUGCACCAGAGUUGCGGGACUAUAACGUCCUCAGUCAACCCAAUCGUCACCAGUCUUUUGGCCGAGGCACUAACUCAGACAGCAAUCUUGUCCCCGGCUGGUAUCGCUUCCAAUCAAGUUCAUACUCAAGAAUGGUAGACAAUUGUAUUCAGGUCCACAGAUGCACUACAGAUAUAACUGGGUGGUUAAAAGGUGGCCACCCCACCUUUAAAGAUGGCAUCGUGGACAGAAAAGCUUGCUUCCACGGAUGGGAAAACUGUUGUUAUAGGAUACUUCAGAUACGCGUGAGGGAGUGUCAAGGGUUUUAUGUGUAUGAGUUAAACCCGUCACCUGAAGGGCGGUAUCGCUACUAUGCAAGAGGAUGA